CAGUAGAUAGUAACGAGAUAAGCUGACAUCUAACCUGCAGCAACACUUCUGAUUGCUUAACAACGUCGACGAAAACACAGUGGUGGUUCCGCAUGGCAGUGCGCUCAUCUGCAUAAAGGCCGACUGCAUGGGAUGACGAAGCCGAAUGAGAGCUGGCGUGUAAUAAUGUCGUCAGUUUCGCGAAGGUUUAUUGCACCGCCGUGUAGCCGCUUGCAGGAGAGACUUAAUAUCGUCGGCUGUAAGCCGGUCCGUAAUAUCGAGCCGACUCGUUUUCUACCGCGUUUCGUUUCCGCGGCAAUUCCGCUGAUACAACGAGAAUCGCGUGCACGCUGCGUGCAUGCCUGCCCGGAGAUAUUUGUCCGCUUCGGACGCACAGCCGAGGAAUUCGUGUCGCGGACAAUCGGGACCUGAUCGAUACACGAACGCGAACCAACCACCAACGAACGCCUCGUUGUUACCCGAACGAGAGUCAAUACGACGGAGAAAUUGGAAGCUGUCGAUGCACGCUACUUCAUCGAAGCUCAUGAAACUUUCCAGUAGACUGUAAAUUGGAAAAAAGUGAAAUGGAAAACUGCUUUGAAAAAUCGAACAGCCACUACCAGUUCUAUGGGUCGAUCCCGGAAAUCAGCGGACCUCGACCAAUCGGCAUAAAGAACCCAUCCCGUGGUUCGAUCGCAGAAAGCUUUGAUACGCUUCGUUCGUCGGUUGGUCAGAAAGAGGAAUCUAGAAGUUCUGUAUCCAGUGAAGACGAUUCUUGCUUCUUCUCGGAACUCGAUCUGUUAAAUCCGAGACGUUCUUAUCAAAAGUCGCGGUAUCUGCAUCAUAAUAUAAUAGGAACUAAGAAUCAUUCAGCAAACCAUUUCGAAGCAUCCAGAAGGAAUUCUAAUCACUGUUGCUGUUUUGCAAGCUACGAUCACGUCGAAACAAAAUUACUAUACGAUAAAGUAGUUAAAAGUACCAAAAACAAUCGUGCAUCGAGUUUUCAAUAUUUUCCGGAUUGUAGUCAUCGAAAGAAGCAUGAGGUAACCUUUGCCACGAAGAGGUCUUCCAGCGGCAGCAAGGAUUUUAGCGCCAAAUCUCCUACGAAACUUGGGAGGGGAAAAAGUACGCCGCGAAUAAUUCGUGCAAUCCGUCAACGAAGUAGAAAAUUCGAGCCAAACGAGGAUCGAUCGGAAUCACCGCGACCCGGAAACAGCAAGAGCAGCGUCGUUGUCCUGUAUCACGAGAAAUCAGUCGCGCCAGCCGCAACAACCCCCAAACCACCCCUCAGAGCCGUUCAGUCGGAACGAACAGUUACGCGCGAACUGACUCCAUCGGUUGUCCACACUGUUCGAUCCCCACGUCACCAAAGGUCGAAUCUGGUUGGAAGUCCAGAGCACCGACCUCCCAUAUAUCUAACUGACCAAAGAAAAGCUACUUUGAGACGUCGACGUUUAUCGAAGCGGCGAAGACCACUCAACGUGCACAUUUAUCAGGACAGCCGCGUAGUACAGGCUCGUUCCUUGUCGGAGGAUCAUCGUGUCGGACCUAAAGAGGUGCAGCUAGCGGAACAGAGAUCCGAUCUGGUUAAAUACACGGUCAAGUCUGCGAAAAAUUUGAUUAGAUCCGAAGGGGACUCUUCCACUCGACAGGACGACGAUUCGGAUGACCCCGAUCAAGAUAGAAGAACGAACAAACAGUGGAAACACGAUAGAAUCUUCGGGGAACGAUGUUGUCCCUCUGAUAAUUCCGUUUCUAAACUAAUGGCUCGUUCCAGUCCAGGAAUAGACGGCGAUUGCAAGCAACGCAAAAACGAAGCAGUCGGCCCAAACUUCAGCUAUCUAAUGCAGCAAAUGCAUACAAGGCCAAGGGAACGAGGUGACGAUCAUCGUGUAUUUAUUGGCGUAAACGGCGGCGACAACUCGAAACGAGUAUUUCCAUUCCAGGCAACCCCGAGCGGUAACUUGAAGAUCGUUCCUAAUCAGGUGGUGUUCGAAUCGAAGAAGGUCAGUGUGUUGGUUGCUGAUCCCAGACAUACAAAGGUUAACGUCAAGGCCGAAUUGAAUACAACCCAAAAAGAGCUUGGUGAACACAUAUCUGAGUCUUCCACACAACCGAGGUCCAUCGAUUUUCCACUAGGUGUAGUAUCGUCAUCGACGAUCAGUCAGUUGCAAAGUCACAAAAAGUUUCCGGUUGUCGAGGACAACUAUAAACCAGCAAUGCAUCCGUUCAAAGCUAAAUUCGGCCAAGUGGAGGCGAUGGAACACAAGCAACAACAGUCAACGUCGUCUGCGUCUCACGAAAUACCAGUGUUGCAAGAUGUGCCACUGUCCACACUCGGAUUUACGAGUGAACAACCAAUCGAUUGGGAUAACAUAAUUCUCCCGGAGAAGACUGACCUGUAUCAGGAGCUAGCCAGGCGUAUCACAAAUUACAAGAACGCUGACUGUAUCGUGCGAAUCGAUCAGGACGAGUUCCAUUGCCAUCUGCUGGUGCUACAGAGCUAUAGUACCUUUUUCGACGAGAAGAAUUGCAAGGAGAUCGAUCUGACCGAGAGUGACGUAUCUUCGAAGGCGUUUUCGCUCAUUUACGACUGGAUGAUCAGUCCACAGAACGAGAGCUACAGGCUUUUGCAAAGGGACAACAUCCUGGAAGUUUUUACCGCAGCCCAAUAUCUCGGAAUUAAAGAACUGGAGGAACAAUGCUGGGCUUUCAUAGACAAUGACGAAUUAUUCGCCGAAGACACCGCGUUUUUAUUAUAUCUGGAAGCGAAAAGAGUUGGAAAUACCGCAGUUAUGGAACUGAUGGUGCCAAGAAUUAUGAAAUUCUUUUUGAUGCUGGUCAGCACUAAAGAUUUCCUCGAAUUAUCCGUAGAUGAACUAUGCCUUUUAUUGAAGUCUAACUAUAUUUGCGUCAAUAGUGAAAUGGAAGUUCUUAUGUCUGCUGUACGAUGGCUGAUGCAUGAUUGGGCGAACAGAAAGCAGUACAUGUUGGAAGUUUUGAACUGUGUUCGAUUUGGGUUGAUCGCUCCAUGGCAAUUGGUAGAUGUGAAAAGAAAUCCAGAAAACCCAGAAUUUAUGGAACUAAUGUCUUCUCCUGAGGUACAGAAAAUGGUCGAUGAUGGUCUAGCUUUCGUUAUUAUAAAAUAUUGGUACGGUAACCAGACGGAAGAUUAUUAUCACUGGAUCGAUCUGUUAGGGCUUACGGAGCCAACCAAUCGAAAUUGGGCUGGAGAGGACAAGAACUACGUAACGUAUCGAGAAUUUUUGCUUUACCUCGAAGAAUAUCAGAAAACAAAAAUUUCGGAGUUGAAAAUGCGAAAGAGUCGCGCAAAAUCCAAGAUAAUCGAUUCACCUCACAACGAUUACACAUUUGCUGCUCCUAAAGCACCGAACAACUACGUUCAAAGCUCAGGAGAUACCGGUGCUAUUCACAACGGGCCAGCAAUGCAUUCAAGGCACACGAAACCACUACCUUCAAAUUAUUUACCAUUGGAGAUGCCAGAGGGCAUGAUGAUGCCUCCAAAAUUUAUGAACGAAUACUUAAGUAACUUGGAAAGAAGCAAAGGGAAAGAUGAAAAGAACGUCGCCUUCGAUACGAGAUUCACCGGUGGCGGAGAAUCCCUGAAACUGUCCUGUAGGUUGCCUACAGUAGAAAAAUACACGCAUGAACACUGUCAACGCGGCGUGAAUUCACCGGACGCCGAUAAAUUGGAUUACGAGAGCCGGCAGGAGAGGAAUGCGACGGAUGUUUGCCGGUGCCAGCAGCAGCGCGAGUCGAAUUUCAUAUUUUCCGUAAGAAAGCAGAAGACGAGAUGUAAGAUACCGAGGGAACCGGAAGAACGUACAGACUCCUGCAAAUCCGAGGAGGAGGCCGCCACAACGAUACAGGCCGUUUAUAGAGGAUACAAGGCUCGAAAGAGAUUUGACGAAAUAAGGAAAUCAACAUCAGGGGAGAAGCAGAAUAUCAAGAAGAUAGCGGAACUUUUGGCCAUCCCGAUGGACGAAACGCUUCGCGAUCCUUCGAUAGAGCCCAUCAGAAUAUCAAGCAGUUCAGUAAACCAAAUGAGAAAUGAGAAGGACGAAACGCCACUUACAUUGAAAUGCUCACCUAGAAACAGGAACAGGGAACAAUCGGUCCUUCGAAAUCAAAAUCAACACUACAUUGAGAAUCAAAUAAAUCAAUUCAACAUAUGUCCUCCUUGUUACACGACCGAAGAAAAACGAAAACAAAAUAUGACUCAUCGAGAGACAUUAAAGUCUAUAAAGACCAUAAAAUCACCGAUGUUUUUCUCGAACUACGACGAAAAAACCAGUUCCCCAUCGGAUAACACAGAUGCGGACGAUCCUUCCUCUCCACGAAUCGGUGCAAAAUCAACGAUGCUGAAUCUCGCCGAUGUUAUAAUCAAUGAAAAAAACAGCGAGAAAGAUUAUUCGGAGAAUGAUAAUAUUCAGCGAGUGAAUCCUGCCGCUAGAAACGCUCAAAUUCGAUCUACGAAUUAUAAACGACCUCUUCCACAGAGGAUAAGCAACAGUAUAAUAGCUUCGAACGAAGACCGUUACUUUCUCAACAACUCUCUGUUCUUUCCUGACAGAGAGUCGAUUCUCGUGUUCGGCGGGGUCGAUCCUCACGAGGAAUAUGGCCUGUCCGGGAACACCGGCAAGGACAUAUACAGGUUUAAACCUGACCAGAAUAUUUGGGAAUUCGUGGGGGAAAUUCCACGAGCGAGACACCAUCAUUCGGUCGCUUACUUAAGAGGCCGCAUUUACGUAGUGGGUGGAGCCGAUCCCCUGGAAGACAAACUUCACAGGAAAAGCAUUGCGGUUGGGAACGUUUGGAGUUACGAUCCAACUACCAGGACUUGGUUCAAUGAACCUGGCAUGCUGACAGCUAGAAAGGACUUCGGAUUGGUGGUCAGCCACGGGAAAAUGUACGCGAUAGGAGGGCAAGGCAGGAACGGGAUAGCUUUGAAAACGGUGGAGGCUUUUGAUCCAUCGGACUCCACAUGGAGGGAAGUGCAACCAAUGCAGACCGCGAGGGUUGGACCUGCCAGCGUGAAAUAUCGAGAUCUUAUCUGGGUCGCUGGCGGAAUGACAAAAUCGAAAAAAGAGCUAUUCUCGAAGGACGUUGAGUGCUAUGACCCGAUCAAAAAUUUAUGGCUGAAAGCGAUACCUUUGAGGUCACCGAGGUGCUUUGCCUCCUUCUACGUGGUGUCCGACUGUCUUUACAUGAUCGGCGGAGCAUCGACUAUGGAAAACGUCACUCAGAGCGUCGAUUGCAUUGACGUGUGGGAUGGGAACGAUUGCGUUUGGAGGGAACACGCGAACAUGUCGAUCGCGAGACACGGACAUUCUACUGGCUCGAUAGGUGAUCAAUUGCUGAUAAUUGGAGGAGUAACUACGGUAUUCAUGAAGACCUUGAAUAGCGUCGAAUGUUAUUGUUGCGAUAUAGGAAAAUGGAUGAAGGGCGUAUCGGCGCUGCCGCAUCCGGUUUCCGGUCAUGGAACCGUGUCUUUACCGCCAGCAAAUCUUCUGAUAAAUCGCUGAUAAUUGUGACAUAAAAUACAUCAAAUUUCCUUAUAUGCUGUACUUGAUAAUCAACACACAUUAAGUACUUAUUCGAUCAUUAACGAAUUUGUAUUUAAUUACUUUUUAAUUAUCGUACUUUAUCGUACUUUUUACAAAUAUUGCCUUACAAUUUACACUUGUUUAUAUAAUUCUAUACCCUUACAAUAUAUAUCACAAAAACAAACAAUAUCUUACAAAUUACGUUCAGUCUACUUACAUGGAAGCUUCAAUAGAAGUAAGUAGCUUCGGUAGAAGUAAGUAGCUUCGGUAGAAGUAAGUAAAAUCAAACUCGAGCGGAUAAAUAUUU